ACGUAAAUGAAAGAGGUGACGCGCCACUUGCCCACCAGGGAGCAGCCAACCAGUGCCCGUCCGACUGACGAUCCACCAAGAGCUUCCACUUAACCAGCAACAUUCAACAACGACCAGUCAAUCCCAACUCCUGAGAGUCUUGUGAGAAACUCAAGGAUGGUGUUACCGGUGUUGGUAGCUUUGGGAGGGCUCGUGAAGGUCCGCUACUCACACACCCUCGUGGACUCGCAGAUCUUCCGCCUUCAUUACCGCUGGACCUCCGCCUUCUGUUUCAUUAGCUGCGCCCUUGUCACCGCCACCAGUUAUGUAGGGGAAACGAUCCAAUGUCUGGAAGGUCAAAGAGACGCCCCCAAGCCCAUUAACACCUACUGCUGGAUCUCUUCCACCUUCACCAUCAACUCUACUGGUCUCGCCGCGGGAGUGGGCCUUUACGACCCCAGGUAUCACCAGAAACGAGUCCACGCUUAUUACCAGUGGGUGGCUUCAGUCCUCUUUCUCCAGGGCUGCCUCUUCUACCUGCCCCACAUGAUAUGGAAGUUCUAUGAGGGCAAACAGGUGGACCAUCUGCUGCAGGACCUCAACAAGAACCUCUUUGACGAUGAUGCUGAGAAGAAGAAGACAAAUAUUGUCUCCUACCUGAAGCUCUCGUCGGGUCUCAACAUCCACUACUCCGUCGGGUACUUCUUGUGUGAGGCGUUGAACCUGGUGAACGUGGUGGGCCAGAUGUUCCUGAUGGACGCCUUCCUCGGAGGGUUCUUCAUGAAGUACGGCAGCAAGGCGAUAAGCUUCUUGGCUGCUGACGACGCCAAGAGGAACGACGCCUUGUUGGAGACUUUCCCGAGGAUUACCAAGUGUAUCUUCCAUACAUUCGGGGCCUCCGGUGCCAUUCAGAAGAAGGACGUGCUGUGCGUCCUCCCCCAGAACAUUAUCAACGAGAAGAUCUUCCUGGUGAUGUGGUUCUGGUUCAUCAUACUCACCAUCCUCACCAUUCUGCAGCUUGCGUGGCGCCUGGUGGUGUUCUACAGCCCCUCGCUUCGUAUUCGUCUGCUGGAGCACCGGGCCUUAAUGAACUUCUCGCCCCGAACGGAACACGCCGUACGCCGUAUGCACCUGGGAGACUACUGUCUCCUUGAUGGCAUUGGACGUAAUCUAGGCACACUCAACUUCAAGGCAGUAUUACAGGGCUACACUGAGGCAUCUGAAGAGAUUGAUGAUGUCCCCAGCGCUCCAUCUCUUGGCGCCUACCGUACCUUUACCACCCCUAACGAGCCUGAUACGCUCCCUCGCAAGCGUCCAUUGUAUCAGGAUACUACCCUGUAGGAACAUGUGGCUCCCAGUAUAACUAUAUCCUAUUACACUGUAUCACUCUAAGCUUCUUAGGGAUGUACACAUUAUAAAAAACCUGCGAGAUAUCUAGUUCUUUUUUUAUAAUGUUAUUUUAUAUAUGCUCUUCAAUGCUAUUUAAUGUUAUUAUUCAACGUUAUUUUGAAGUGAAACAAUCAUGUAAGACACACAACAGGGUCCUGGGGUGUUGUUGAUGUAAGUCUGUAGAAACUAUAGAUGGACGUCGUCCUCAAGGCGAACCUAGUACACAUGUUCUUCUGUAA